AUGCUAUCUCAGAAGUCUCCUAAGAAAGUUCCUACCCGUAAAUGGGAAGAGCCGACUCAAAACUUCUCCAGAGUACAUAUGGACUAUGCAGGUCCAAGGAAAGGAUUCAAUUUUCUCAUUCUUGUCGAUGCCAAGUCUAAGUGGCCAGAAAUCCGCAUUCUUAGCAAAGCUCCUACUACAGAUUCUACUAUCAAAUUAUUAGAAGACAUAUUCUCUUUCCAUGGCUACCCUCAAACUUUAGUUUCAGAUAAUGCUUCAAUUUUCUCCGCCGACAACGCAGAAUUUAACAAUUAUUGCAAAACAAAAGGAAUUUUCCAUUGUUUUACUGCCCCUGGGAAGCCGGCCACAAAUGGCUUAGCAGAGCGUUAUGUUCAAAUAUUAAAAUCCAAAUUAUCAAAAAUGGAAGCAGAACCUGGUGACAUUCAAGAAAAAGUGCGUCAAAUUGUCCUGCGAUUCAGAGCUACACCGUUAUUGGAUGGAUCUAGCCCUGCAGAACGCUACCUAGGGCAUAGAAUCAAACUUCGCUUGGAUGCCAUUCACCCAUUCAAACCGCUCAAAAAUUCGUCGUGUCAAGCCACCCAGCUCCGUUCCUUCCAAAUUGGUGACAAAAUAAUUGCUCGUGUGUACAGAAGCAACAAACCUUCAUGGAAACCUGGCCUCGUCCGGAAAAAAUUGGUAAAAUCCACUAUCUAG